UGUUCACUUUCGAGUUAUGGAUAAAAGAAGAUGACGCUCGUAGGAACCACACUUUUUAUUUAGGAAGAGUGUGCUUGUCACAUUUAUUUUGUAUUGUAUUUUCAGUUUUUGAAGCAUGCAGGUGCCGCCGGUUUUCAUCGACAUAUCUUUGGAGGAUCAGGCGCAAGAAUUGCGGGCCUAUUUAAAAGGUUUGGGAGCUGAAAUUUCGGAAGAAAAGUCUCCCAAGGGAAUAGAAGAUGAUUUACAUAAAAUUAUCGGUGUGUGCGAGGCGUGCUUCAAGGAGGGUCAAGAAUCAGAAGUUGAAAUUGUUCUGAAUGAUAUUGUUUCUAUCAUGGUUUUGAUUCCAACUGACCGCGCAGAAAAUAUUAUUCUUGCAUUUUGUGAAAAGCUAACAAAAGCCCCAGGUCAAAAAUUGGGGGAGGUUUGUUUAAGAGCCUUAUGGUUGCUAUACCAGUCUCUAGAUGAGAAAUCUCCAAUGAGAUAUCCUGUUUAUUACCACCUGCUUCUGAUUGCAAAGCAAACAGACCAGGUUAGAUCUAUUUUCCAAGACAUAGAACAUUUAAAGCAACAGUUUAACCAGUGCCCUUUAUCAGGGGAAGAACUUCAGAAGUUAUAUAGACUUUUGCACGAAGUGUUAUUGAAGAGCAAUCAAAGUGAGCAAGCUGCAAAAGUCAUGAUAGAGCUGCUGGGUACCUACACUGAUAAAAAUGCUUCUCACGCUAGAGAAGAUGCAAUACGUUGUAUUACUUCAGCCAUAGCUGAUCCAAACACAUUCCUUCUUGAUCCUUUGUUAUCUUUAAAACCUGUGAGCUUUCUCAAGGGUGAAUUAAUUCACGAUUUGCUAAACAUAUUUGUCAGUGAAAAUUUGGCUGCUUAUUUGAAAUUUUACAAAGAACACAAGGAAUUUGUGACAUCUCAGGGUUUGAAUCAUGAGCAAAACAUGAGAAAAAUGAGGCUGCUAAGUUUUAUGCAGUUGGCCGAAAGUACACCCGAAAUUUCUUUUGAUAUAAUUGAAAAGGAACUUCAAAUAAAACCUGAAGAAGUGGAAUCCUUUAUUAUUGAAGUUCUCAAAACAAAAUUGGUAAGCGCACGUAUGGACCAAUCGGCCCGCAAAGUAUUUGUUUCAAGUACCAUGCAUCGAACUUUUGGUCGAGCCCAAUGGCAGCAACUUCGUGACUUGCUGCAUUCCUGGAAAAUCAACCUAACUUCCAUACAGGAUGGAAUGAAAAGUGUAACUGCUGCGCAAAUGGAAUAUUUAAGUCAAAUGUCUUAAUAUUGUUUAAAUAAAGUCAU